AUGUCCACCGAUCCCUUAUCAUCUGUAAUCGUCUCCCUUGAACGAGAGAAGAUCAUACCAGAUGUUAUUCCCGAAGCGUUCUCCCCCUCAGUUCUAUUCACGGUUAUCUACCCCACCGGCAAGGAGGGCUUGCUGGGCUCCGAGCUCACUCGUGAAGAAGCUUUUGAUGAACCAGAGAUCAACUUCAUGCCCAUGCAGAAUAAUAUUGGCACCGAAGGCGAGCCCACCUACACGCUCGUUAUGACGGAUCCAGAUGCGCCAUCGCGAGCAGAGCCAAAAUUUAGGCAGUUUAGGCAUUGGGUGAUUACUGGAAUCAAGUCGCCUAUAGAGAGCGCUUCUGAGACGACCAAUCUCACUGCCUUCAAGACCAAGACCUCCACUACGCCUUAUCGACCUCCUGGACCUCCUCCUGGCACGGGUCUUCAUAGAUACACUUUCCUCCUGUUUGAAGAGCCAGCAGGUUUCUCUGUCCCUCAGGGAGCCGUUGAAUACGGGGCAGAAAUGACACAGAGACGUAGCUGGAACGCUAUUGAGUUCGGAAAGAAGUAUGGACUGAAGCUUGUCGGCGCCAGUUAUUUCUUGGUCCGAUCCACUGAGUAA